AUGCAGUGCUCGAAGAGCUACAUAUUAGCAGCAGGUGCUGUCCUUUUCCCCUGCCUUCAACGUGUCGCAUGCCCUGCCUUCCCUCGUUCCCUCCCCUAUGAUGCCACUCACACAACCUCUCCUUCCCUCAGGGACUUCGCUCUGGUGCAGCAGCAGGUGCUCUCCUUCUCCCCUGCCUUCAACGUUAUCACGGGCGACAGCGGGUCGGGCAAGUCAAUCAUCGUGCAGGCCAUAGCCCAGGUACUGGGAGCAGCAGCGUCAGAGGACUCUGUACGAACCCCGGCCCUCUCCUCCUCUCUCUCAGCACAUCUCUCCCUCUCCCCCUCCGCCUCUCACUCCCUCCUGCAAUUCCUCAGGCAGGAAGGUAGGCUAGAUGUGGUGAAGGCCGUUACUGGGGGAGGUGGUUUAGCUGAUGGUGCAGGUGAUAAAAACGGAGGGCAGGAGAAGCGUGGUUCAGGGGUGAGCGGAGCUGGCAGUGUGCGAGUGAAGGUGAUUCUAGAGAGGGAGAUUUUCCGCUCUGUUACGGCUGGUGAUGAUGCUUAUAGCGAAUCUGAGGCUGAUGGCAACAGCAACAGAGAGGGGAACAGCAGCAAGAGCGGAGGCAAGAGCGGAAUCAGGAGCGGGAGCAAGGGCAAGAAGAGCAGCAAGGUGCGAAGUGUGUGCCGGGUGAAUGGGGUGGUGGUGCCUCUGAAGCUGCUGCGUGCUGUGGGUGCAGCCCUGGUGGAUCUAAACGGGCAGAAUGCCCAGGGGGCGCUCAGAAGCGAAGGUGCCCAGUUGAUGCUGCUGGAUAGGUUUGCAGAGCGGUGGGGGGGUAUGCAAGGGAUGGAGAAUGGUGGAGGGAAUGGUGUGGUAGGGGGUGAGGAUGUAGGAGGGAGUUUAGUUGAGGGUGGAGAGGUGAAGAGAAGAGGGGUGGGGAUGCAUGACGAGAUGGAGGAAGGGGAAGAAGAGGAGGUGCGAAGGAAAUGGGAGGAGGAAGAGCGGAGAGGAGAGGAGGGAGGGGAGGAGAGGGCGGAGGUGGGAGUGUUGCUGGCAAGGGCGCGGCAGGUGUGGGAGGAUCAGAAGAGGCUUCUGGAGGCAGGAGGGGAGCAGGCGUUGAUGGUGCUGCAGGAACUGGUUGAGGACGUGGAGAGACUAGGACUGAAAGAAGGGGAAGUAGAGGCGAUUAGAGAGGAGAUUAAGGAGCACGAGCGGGCAGGCAGGGCAGCUGAGAGCUGUAGUCGCGCCCACGGGAUGCUGGAGGGGUCUGGAGCUCUGGGCGUGCUGCAUGGGUUGAGUAAGACUGUGGAGGAGUUGAGAGAGGUGGAGGAGGAGGAGCAGGAGCAGGAAGAGCAGGAAGGGGAGGAGGAGGAAGGGGGGAGUGGGAGGAAGGGGAGGAGGGGAGGGAGGGGGGGUGCAGGGGGGUAUGUGCAGAGGGGGAGGAUUGAGGAUGUGUCAGCUGCUUUGGAACUGCUGGGGGAAGCCAAGAUGCUCGUGAACAGAGCGAAAGACCACGUUGAGUGCUACUUGGACGACCUAAGGUUCUCAAAGGAGCGCAUGGAUCGACUCAAGAAGCGGCUUAGAGAGAUAGAAGUUGUUCGCAAGCGCCAUGCCAUUCGAUCGGCAGCAGAGCUCUGGUCCGCCGCCCAGACAGCGGCAGGCAGAAUCGCCAGCUCAGGGAGCGUGGACAAGAGGCGAAGGGAGCUACAAGAAGAAAUGAGCUGCCUCGCAGCAGAGGUCGGGCGGCAGUUUUUGGCAGCUAGCAGGAGGAGGCGGGUGGCAGCAGAGGAUCUGGGGGAGCGAGUGGAGGGCGUGCUGAGAGGGCUGGAGAUGGGUGCUGCGCGGUUCAGAGCGGUGGUUUCAUGGGUAAGCACGGCAUGGGUUGGGUUGAGGGGGGGGGGGUGA